AUGAUUUGGGAAAUAUGUAAAUAAAUGUUCAAAGAUUGUGUGUAAUUCAUUGGAAUUCAUGAUUAUAAAUACAGCUUUUUCCAUUCAUGAGGUUGCCAUGACAACAUGUGUUGUCAAACCAGGUAGAUACGAACUAGCUACUCCUUUCUAGUAUCUCUGGUCAAACUAAUCGACAGCUAGCUAACGUUAAUGCUGCUAGCUAAACAUUUAGCUAAUUAACCUUUUAGCUGACCCCGGUAAACAGAUGUGGCGAUUGCUACCACGACAACAUGUCAAGGAAUAAGACUGCUGGAUACAAGGGUCCUUAUGGUUAUCAAAAAAGAAGAGAGGGGGAUGGAAGAAGUUGUGUACGUUACAAAUGUGGCCUAACAAACACCAUUCAGGAUGUCUUGCGACAAAGACCAGGCUGGAUGGAGGUCAAAGAUGAUGGAGAAUGGGAUUUUAACUGGUGUGAUGUUGGGUGGCUGAGGGAGAAUUUCGACCACUCCUACAUGGAAGAACACGUGAGGAUAUGCCAUUUUCGCAAUCAUUAUGAGCUGACGCGCAAGAACCUAAUGGUGAAAAACCUAAAGAGGUACCGCAAAACCCUUGAGAGGGAAGCUGGCCGCAUUGAAGCGUCCAAAUGUGACUUUUUCCCCCGGACCUUUGAACUACCCAGUGAAUACCACCUCUUUGUGGAAGAGUUCAAACGGAGCCCGGGCAGCACCUGGAUCAUGAAACCGGUUGCAAGAUCUCAGGGGAAGGGCAUUUUCCUAUUUCAAAAACUGAAAGACAUCAUGGACUGGAAAAAGGAUGGGAGUCGCUCAGAGGAGCAGAGAGAUGAGACUCAAGUGGAGAGCUACGUUGCACAGCGCUACAUAGAAAAUCCCUACCUUAUCAGUGGGAGAAAAUUUGACUUGAGGGUUUAUGUAUUGGUUACAUCAUAUAUCCCACUGAAGGCAUGGUUAUAUCGAGAUGGAUUUGCCCGAUUCUCCAGCACCCGAUUCUCUCUCACCAGCAUUGAUGACCAGUAUGUCCAUCUCACCAAUGUGGCAGUGCAAAAAACAGCGCCAGAUUAUGAUCCUGAAAAGGGCUGUAAGUGGCAGAUGCAGCAGCUUCGGCGAUACCUGACUGCGAGGCAUGGCACAGAGACCAUAGAGGCUCUGUUUAAGGACGUUGACAACAUAUUUGUCCGUAGCCUGCAGAGUGUGCAGAAAGUAAUCAUCAACGACAAACACUGCUUUGAGCUCUAUGGCUAUGACAUCCUACUGGAUCAGGACCUCAAACCGUGGCUGAUAGAGGUGAACGCCUCUCCCUCUCUCACCGCCAGCAGCCAAGAGGACUACGAGAUGAAGUGUUGUCUGCUGGAGGACACCUUACACAUUGUGGAUAUGGAGGGCAGAUUGACUGGCAGAGAGAAGAGGGUUGGUGGCUAUGACCUUAUGUGGAACGAUGGACCCGUCUACAGGGAAGAUGUCAACCUAGAGACACUGGGCAGUGCCUGUUUCACUGCAAACACACACCUCGGCUGUGUAAACGACAGAAAGAAGCAACUCCGUCAGCUUCUAAAACCAUUUCCAGGCAAGAAGAGGAUAUGACACACUACCCAAAAAGAUUUUCCAAUUGAAAUCAACAAGCCUACAUAUCACCACAGUUUCCAUCAAUAUUUCAUAAAUAUGUAUUUUCUUACAACCUCACUCAUAGAUGGUGAGGUCACACUCACACAAUGACAUCACUCGAUGAUUCAGUGCAAAGCAUAUUUAUUUCUAUGCCUUACAAACAACUGCAUUCAACAUUGAGAAAAUAUGCACCACUUUCUGUGUGCGUGUGAAUGUUUAUGACAACUCUACUCCCUGAUCUAUGGCUUAGAUACUUUACAUUAAUAUUGAAUAAAUAAAGUGCAAUUUAACACAGUACGACUAUUACAUGUAUGUAGCGUUUCAAUGAAUAAAUCCCACAUAAAGUACAAUACAUUGAUAGACGUUCUAAUGUAAACAAAUGGAAUAACUGUUAAAUUAUGCAAAACAAUAUACCUUCAGCUUUUUUGCUUAACAUUUUUCCUACCCAAAACUGUAAACAUAAAUGUCAAUGACAAAUGCGAAUCAAAAUGUGAUUAACACAAUAUCUAUCAUAAAUAGAACUAUGGUGUACAAAAUUUGGAAAAAUAUGCAUUUACAUUCGUAGCAAACAUUAGACUGUCUCUCUGGAACAAAAAAAAGAGCUUAGCCCUAUGCAAAUUAUACUUGUAAUAGACAAUGUCAAUUAAAGUCUAUUCAAACAAGAGAAAGCCCUUACACAAGUAUACCUUGAAUAGAGUAUAUCAUUCAUAUUGAACCAAUAAACCAUCAUUCCAACUA